AUUUCAAACAUAUGAAUGACCAAGAUUUUUGACGGGGACCCAAAUAACUCGUUCAAUACACGCCACUGGCUCGAUCGGACCGACUGUGCCCUUGAUACCGCCAUCAUGACGAGCAGAAGAUUGGCGAAGUCCGCCGUCAACUGGAAGGCGUUUGGCGAAAGAGUGUCAGAUGCCAACUUGCCAUAUUUCAAGAAAUUCAAGAAUUUGUCCGCUACUUAUUCAGGAAAAAUCUCCCAACUCCCAGAUGCUUUACCCAAGAUAGAUUUUGCACACUACAAGUCUCUUGGUGCUCCUGCUGCUGCUGUGGACAGCUUAGAAAAGGCUUAUGGAUCUGCCAAAAUUUCGUACCCAGUUGACACCAGCAACACCGUUGCAAAAAUUGACCAGGAGUUUGGUGAAAUGAAAACAAAAAGGACUGAAUUUAUACAAGAGCAGAACCAGGCUAUUGAAUCAUUAUCCAAAGUGGUAGAUGCAUGCAAGAAAGCAUUCCCACCAAAAGAUGAAUGGACCCAACAGCUGUAUUGUGCCUACUUCCCAGAUUCUAUGGUUUUGCCACAAGAGAGACCAACAUUUUGGCCACAUACAAUGUUAAACAAGGAGUUCUUUGGAGAGGAAGCUGACGAAGUCAGCCAGCCAACCCUUGAAAUGGACCUUACAAGUUUGCCUUGGUUCAGGCUACCCUAUCCUGAUACGGUUAAGAAUACAUACAUAAAAGGCAGAGAACCUGAUUUGGUCGACCAGUAUUUAAGUAUUGGUUACAAGCCUUCUAAGGAAGAGCUGAAGAAACUGGAGGCAGAGUGGCCUGCAAUAUCAGAAAAAUAUUGGGCUGGCUAUUGGGGGGGAAGGAAACAAUUUGUGAAAGAGCAUUUGGAUAAAAAGGCGGAAAUGAAGGCGUUUAAUAAGGAACAGAAAGCAAAAUCUAAAGCAUUAAAAGAAGCAAAGAAAGCAAAGCUAGCUGAAGAAGCUAAACUAAAGGCAUAAAGCUAAACAAGCAUGCUAAAAGCUGAAGUAGCUUAAGGGACAAAGCUAAAUUUGAAGUGGACAUGAGAAAUGACACUGAUCAAUGUUGUUAUCUUAACUUACGAAAGAGGAAUCAGACAUUCUUUUUUUUAUGUCAAACCUAACAAAUUUACAGUUUCUUUGUAGUGGAAAUGAUUAAAAUUGGAAAAAUUGUGA